GUAUUACUAUUAUUUUUUAUCGCUGCAGGAAGAGAUUUCGCCAGAAAAAACCAUUUACUACCGAUGACUAAUGGAUUUUACGAUAGUUACGAUCAAUAUUUGAAUCCGACUACAACCACCAGUUUUACAGGCGCUGCAUACAGAUCAAUGCAUAGCUCCAUACGUGGCUUUAUAGAGUGGGGGUAUAUAAAAUAUAACACAAACAGUGAUUUAGUAUACUUUUAUGAGUCCCAUCGUAAUAAUCAUAUUCCAUAAUUUGUGUUGAUUAUUACAGAUUGGUAAGUGAAGCCCGGAAAAUAACAUCUAGAAUACGGAUAAGUGAUUUCUUUUUUAAACCCGACAUAGUACAAAGACAAGAUAAUUACGAUAGCUUCAUCAGAGGUUUACUUACACAACAUGCACAUGAAGUUGAUCAAUAUUUUACAGAAGAGUUACCUAUACAUAAUAUUUAGAAUUCAUAUAAAACGUUGUGAUAUAUUAUGUCUUAGUGUAUAUUAUGAAUUGGGUUAGUCGCUAUAAUCUCACAUGCUGAUUUUUUUAUUAUUUAUAUUGAUAAGUGAGUCCGCAAUCAGAAUUCCGGAAAGAUUUCGAAGAGUCGACUUGGUGAGCAUUGACAUGGCACGUGGUAGAGAUUACGGAGAGCCGUCUUAUAAUAAAUUUAGGAAACUCUGCGGAUUGAGCGAGGCCAAGACCUUUGACAGCUUGAUCGAUCAGAUGGAUAAAAAACAUGUUGAGGCCUUAUCGAAGAUGUACGAACACGUAGACGAUAUUGACUAUUACGUGGCUGGUAUGUUGGAAAAACCUAAGCCCGGAUCUCUGUUAGGACAUACGUUCCAAUGUGAUGUUGGACUGUUGGAGAGAUGUUUUUCAGAUACAAGUACGGCGAUCGAUACUAUUACGAAUUCGGGAAUCAGAUUGGUUCUUUUAAACUAGAACAACUCAAUGAAAUAAGAAAAACGACAUUAGCACUCGUCGUGUGUUUAACAUCGGAUAUUUGUUCUGUACAACGCAAUAUGUUUGAAAUACCCAGUAAUCGGUAAGUACCUUACAGUGCACAAUAGUAUCAAUUUUGUAAUUUUAGUUAAAAUGUUCCUAACCUUAAUACGCCCAGUUGUCACUUAUGGGGCGGAAACCUGGCCAUUUAGAAAGAAUGAGGAAAGAAAUCUAAUGGUCUUUGACAGGAACAUUUUUGGACCAAUGAAAGACAGAGAAACGGAAGAGUGGAGAAUAAGAAAAAAUAAUUAAUUGGAAAUCUUUAUUUAUUAUCGAAGUGGCGCA